AUGCACUCGCACUCGCUCCCCACAGCAGCGACUCCACCGCCACCGCCCACCUCGCGCGAUACCGGCCCACUCGCACGCCUACCGACCGCCUCGCUGGUGCGCUCCCUGCUGCUGCACACGAUUACCAGCUCGCCCACGCUCCUCGCGCUCGGCACGAAGGUCAUGCUCGCCACCGCAGACAAUAUCGACCGCAUUCCGCCGCUGAAGUGGGUGGUUGAUAAGACGUUCUACGCCCACUUCUGCGCCGGCUCCACCCCAACAGAGAUAAGCCGCACUGUCUCCUCGCUACGGUCGCUAGGCUACAGCGGGUUAAUCCUCGCGUACGCCCGCGAGGUCUCCUCACCCUCCUCCCCCUCGCCCACCAGCACCUCCGCCGACAUAGCCUCCUGGCUUUCGGGCACGCUCACCACCAUAUCCCUCAGCACGCCCGGGGACUUCGUAGCCCUAAAAUUCAGCGGCGCCGGGCCAUCGAUCCUGCCACUACUCUCCUCCUCCCAACCAUGCACGACCAUCCCCGCGCUCGCAACAGCUCUAGAUACCAUCUGCGCCGCCGCGCGCGCGCGCGGCAUCGCGCUGCUGAUCGACGCGGAGCACGCGGCGCUGCAGCGCGGCGUCGACGCGUGGGCGGUGGGGAUGAUGCGGCGGUACAACACCUCCCCCACCGGUGCUGCCGUGGUGUUCAAUACCUACCAGAUGUACCUGCGGCGGGCGCCGGGAGUGCUAGCUGCGCAUGUGGCGCUGGCGGAGCGGGAGGGGUGGCGGCUCGGUGUUAAACUCGUGCGCGGCGCGUAUUUGGGUAGUGAUCCGCGCGCGGGGAUGUGGGGCACAAAGGCGGAGACGGAUCAUGCGUAUGAUGCGGCGCUGGAGCAGCUGAUGAGGAAGGGUGUGGAUACCGUGGUGGCGUCGCAUAAUCGCCGCAGUGUCGAGUGCGCGCUCAAGUUGCGGGCUGACGUCGACGCACAGGGGAAGGGAGGGAGGGGAUUGCUGGUCUUCGCCCAGCUCAUGGGGAUGGCGGAUGAGCUCAGCUUGAGCCUGGUCGGCAGAGCACCGGUGCUGAAGUAUGCCGUCUGGGGGACUACCGGCGAGUGCGUUAAGUAUUUGCUGAGGAGGGCCGAGGAGAAUAAGGACGCUGUUGGCAGGAGUGGGGAGAAUUACAAGGCUGUGGUGGGGGAGUUGAGGAGGAGGGUUGGGUUCUAG